AGGCUUCAUAUCGACCACAAGGCGGCGAUGUGUCCCAUUAAUGAAACAGCACGUGCUAUCUCUUUACAGCUGACAUUUUCCUGCAACAGUUUUAAGAUGUCUGGAACUUGGCAAAAGCGCGAGCGGGGGCUGUUGAAUGUGUCACAGAACCAUUCAAGCGCUGCCUGUUUUGAUGGGUCCAUCCUACAUCAGCCAAGAGACAGCAAAGGUGCAACAACAGUUUCUCCUCAUUCACAUGGAUUUCACCUUCAACUUCAUUGUAAGACAGGCAGACGUCAGAAAAACAAGUGACGCCAAACAUCUCUUCGGAGGAACAGAAGUGAAGCUGCUCCUGUGGAGUACAAUUACCUCGAAAUUGCUGCUUUACCCUCUUGACCUGUCGAGGAUUUUACCUAAAACUGCUUUUAGCCUCCCUCAGUCUGAGGCUAUGAGAGGGAGAGAGGAGUCCCAGGCCGCACCAUCAUGCUACUUCUGAGAUGCUGGGAUGAGACUUUGGCUGGCAAAACACAAGGUAUUACUGUCCCACACCUCCACCAUGCCUGUCUGCGGCUGCCGCAGCCCCUCCCCGCCUCAUGGCCAUGCCGGGGCCUCCCCCUCCACCCCCUCGGUCGCCCAGGAGCAGGAGAGACAAGUCCGACCCCUACAUCCACCUCCGCCUCCAUCGCUUCACCGCAGCACCAGCGCCUCCCUCUGCCUCUCCCUCCUUCUCCUGCUGCUCUGCCUUCUCCACCUGCCCCCGGCCUGCCACUCACGGAGAGAGAAGGGCGGGGGAGGUGGCGGCGGCCACUACAUCCCCAUCCCCCAGCCCCCUCCACAUCACAUGGCCCUGCCCAACAUCCUGCGAGGCCUCAGCAUCGCUGUUGUCCUGGUGGGCAACUCCAGCGAGGUGGCGCUGGCCGGGGCCCGGGAGAAGGAGGACUUUCUCCACAUGGCACCCAACGUGGAGGUGCUGACCAUGAAUGAGACUGACCCUAAAAGCAUCAUCAAGAGCAUCUGUGACCUAAUGACUGAGCACUGGCUGCAGGGUGUGGUGUUUGGGGAUGACACCGACCAGGAGGCCAUCGCCCAGAUCCUGGACUUCAUUUCAGCCCAGACCCAUAUCCCCAUCCUCGGAGUCCGUGGGGGCUCCUCCAUGAUCAUGGCUGCCAAGGAUGACAACUCCAUGUUCUUUCAGUUCGGCCCCUCCAUCGAGCAGCAGGCUUCGGUCAUGCUGAACAUCAUGGAGGAGUACGACUGGUACAUCUUCUCCAUCGUCACCACGUACUACCCAGGUUACCAGGACUUUGUCACCAAGAUCCGUAGCACCAUUGAGAACAGCUUUGUGGGCUGGGAACUGGAAGAAGUCUUACUACUGGACAUGUCUGUAGAUGAUGGAGAUUCAAAGAUCCAGAACCAGCUGAAGAAGCUCCAGAGCCCUGUCAUUCUUCUCUACUGCACGAAAGAAGAAGCCAACACCAUCUUUGAAGUGGCCCACUCUGUUGGGAUCACUGGCUACGGCUACACGUGGAUAGUGCCCUCGCUGGUAGCUGGAGACACUGAUGUCGUCCCUGCAGAGUUCCCCACAGGUCUGCUCUCCGUGUCCUAUGACGAGUGGGAUUACGGCCUAGAGGCCCGUGUUCGUGAUGGCGUGGCAAUCAUUACUAUGGCAACCUCCACCAUGAUGAUGGACCGCGGACCUCACACCCUGCUGAAGUCUGAAUGCCACGGAGCUCCUGACAAGAAGACCCCCAUCUCAGGCAACCCAAACGAAGUGCUCAGGUACCUGAUGAAUGUGACGUUUGAGGGACGUAAUCUGUCGUUCAGUGAGGAUGGAUACCAGAUGCACCCCAAGCUGGUCAUCAUUCUGCUCAACAAGGAGAGACAGUGGGACCAGGGUGAGAGAGAGAUGUUAGAGAGGGUGGGUAAAUGGGAGAACGGUUCCCUGUCUAUGAAGUACCAUGUGUGGCCUCGCUAUGAACUGUAUGGGGGGGCAGCAACCAGGGAGGAUGACCACCUGUCCAUCGUGACAUUGGAGGAGGCUCCGUUUGUCAUUGUGGAAGACGUGGAUCCACUUAGCGGGACCUGCAUGAGGAACACUGUGCCCUGUCGGAAGCAGAUCAAGACAGUUAAUCAGACAAAGGAGUCAGGGAUCUACAUCAAGCGUUGCUGUAAAGGUUUCUGUAUUGACAUCUUGAAGAAGAUUGCCAAGUCUGUCAAGUUCACCUAUGACCUUUACCUGGUCACUAACGGCAAACACGGCAAGAAGAUCAAUGGAACCUGGAAUGGCAUGGUGGGAGAGGUGGUGUUGAAAAACGCCCACAUGGCCGUCGGCUCCUUGACCAUCAACGAGGAGAGGUCAGAGGUCAUCGACUUUUCCGUCCCCUUCAUCGAGACGGGCAUCAGCGUCAUGGUCUCGCGUAGCAACGGCACAGUUUCGCCUUCGGCCUUUUUAGAGCCCUUCAGUGCGGAUGUGUGGGUGAUGAUGUUUGUGAUGCUGUUGCUGGUGUCAGCAGUGGCUGUGUUUAUAUUCGAGUACUUCAGCCCUGUGGGCUACAACCGCUGUCUGGCUGACGGCAAAGAGCCUCACGGUCCAUCCUUCACCAUCGGUAAGGCCAUCUGGCUGCUGUGGGGUCUGGUCUUCAACAACUCUGUGCCAGUGCAGAACCCCAAAGGCACAACCAGUAAGAUCAUGGUGUCAGUGUGGGCCUUCUUUGCUGUCAUCUUCCUGGCCUCUUACACUGCCAACCUGGCUGCUUUCAUGAUCCAGGAGGAAUAUGUGGACCAGGUAUCUGGUCUCUCAGACAAAAAGUUCCAGAGUCCCAAUGACUUCUCACCUCCGUUUCGGUUUGGCACUGUCCCAAAUGGGAGUACAGAGAGGAACAUAAGGAACAACUAUCCAGAAAUGCACUCCUACAUGACAAAGUUCCACCAGAGAAACGUCAAUGAGGCUCUGCAGAGUCUAAAGUCCGGCAAACUAGACGCUUUCAUUUAUGACGCAGCUGUACUGAACUACAUGGCCGGCAGGGACGAGGGCUGCAAGCUGGUGACCAUUGGCAGCGGCUACAUCUUUGCCACCACGGGGUACGGCAUCGCCAUCCAGAAGGAGUCACUCUGGAAGAGACAUGUGGACUUGGCUAUCCUUCAGCUCUUUGGAGACGGUGAGAUGGAGGAGCUGGAGUCCCUGUGGCUGACGGGGAUCUGCCACCACGAGAAGAAUGAGGUGAUGUCCAGCCAGCUGGAUGUGGACAACAUGGCCGGUGUCUUCUACAUGCUCGGUGCCGCCAUGGCUCUGUCGCUCAUCACCUUUAUCUGUGAACACUGGUUCUACUGGCAGCUUCGCUUCUGUUUCAUGGGCGUCUGCUCCGGCCGACCUGGCUUCGUCUUCACCAUUAGCAGGGGCAUCUACAGCUGUAUCCACGGGGUGCAGAUUGAGGAGAAGAGCAGCUCAGCGCUGAAUUCCCCGUCAGCCACCAUGAACAACACCCAUUCCAACAUUAUGCGCCUCUUACGCACUGCCAAGAACAUGGCCUCCCUGUCCGGGGUGAACGGCUCACCACACAGCGCUCUGGACUUCAUCCGUCGUGAGUCCUCCGUCUACGACAUCUCUGAACACCGGCGCAGCUUGGCGGGCCACUCUGACUGCAAGCCUCCUUACCUACCAGAAGACAACAUGUUCAGCGACUACAUCAGUGAGGUGGAGAGGACGUUUGGCAACCUCCACCUUAAAGACAGUAAUCUGUACCAGGACCACUACCUGCACCACCAUGGCUCAACGCUAGGGCUCAGUGGACCUCCUCCCAACAGACCCCAUAGUUUGGGCAGUGCUAGUUCUCUGGAGGGCGGCAUGUUCGACUGUGACAGCCUGGGCGGAGGGGUGGCUCCUAUUUUCACCACCCAGCCCUGCUCAGCACUGACCCACAGGAAUAUGAGCAAGUUUGACCUGCUGUCUGGACAGACACCUCCCCCAAGCCAGGGCUUCAAGGGAGGCCUACCAGACCUGUAUGGGAAGUUCUCCUUUAAAGGAGGUGCCUCCAGUUCCACCUACAUCCCUGGGCAUAGCUAUUGCGGAGGGAGAGGAGAUGACGAUGGGAAUAUACGUUCUGACGUUUCUGACAUUUCCACGCACACGGUAACUUACGGAAACCUGGAGGGCAAUGCCAAGAAGCGCAAACAGUACCGUGACAGCCUGAAAAAGAGGCCGGCCUCUGCCAAGUCCAGACGGGAGCUGGACGAGAUUGAGCUGGGCUACAGGAGGAAACCCUAUCACAUCAGCCACCACCACUACCACGGCCACCGCUCUGCCUCCCCACCACUUUUGCCCUCUGAACGCAAGAGAGGAGGAGGAGGUGGAGGAGGAAACAACGAUGGGAGCUCCUAUCUCUUCAGAGAAAAGGAGAGCGUUAGGGAUUUUUAUUUGGACCAGUUUCGGCCCAAAGAGGGCGUCCCUCAGUGGGAGCAUGUGGACCUGACAGAGGGCCCUGGGAACAGAGACGGGGGUGUGGGAGCCUGCACCUCCCUGGUUCCAGUGGAUGACUUUCUUAAGAGCAAACCCAAAAAGUCAGAUUCAAAGAGUGGGGGAGGAUCUGGGUUGGCAGGGGGAGAAUGGGAGUGCAGGAACUGUCGGGCUAGCGGGGGAGGAGGGGGCAAGCAGAUGUCCAUGCACGGAGGAGGGGGCGGUGGUGGGUAUGGUGGUGGUAUGAGCUGCGGGUCCUCAGGAGGCGGAGGAAACAGCCGCCCCAGCUCUGCAACCUGCAUGCGCUGCGAGGGCUGUAAAAAGACAGGAAACCUCUAUGAUAUCAGCGAGGACAACAACCACCUCUUGGAACAGAUGGGGGGAGGCAAAGGCGGGGGAGGAGGAGGUAUGGGCGCAGGCCCUCAGUCUCAAUCUCAGGCCCAGCAGAGGAGGAAGGGUGGAGGAUUCGGCAAGCCACUUAGGCGGCAGCACUCGUAUGACACAUUUGUUGACCUUCAGAAAGAGGAGGCAGGUGGGAUGGGAAGUUUGAUGGGGGGUCUAGGAGGAGGCGGAGGGAUGAGUGGUGCAGGUAUGGGAGGGAUGCUGCCCCCACCCAGGAGUGUUAGCUUGAAGGAGAAAGAACGCUACAUGGAGGGCACCAGCCCCUUCGCACACAUAUUUGAGCGCCACGGGGGCUCGGAGAGAGAAAGGGAAAGAGACAGGGACCCAUUGUUUUAUGGAGGUGAGGGCCGGAAAGGACCCGGUUCACCAUUUGGCCUGUUUAGAGGCGGAGAGGGCCUCCACCGCCGCUCCAUCGGAGAGAGAGACAUGAGAGACAGGGACAGGAUGGAAGGAGGAGGAGCAGCGUUCUCUUUAUCCAAAUCUCUUUACCCUGACCGGGUAAACCAAAACCCCUUUAUACCCACCUUUGGGGAUGACCAGUGUCUGAUGCAUGGAGCCAAACAAUAUUACAUGAAAAAGCAACAGCAGCAGCAACAAGUUGCCAAAAACAGCCGAAGUGACUUCAGGGGCCAGAUGAGCACGACGUCAUAUCUGCCAGCGUCUGCCACGGCUGGGGUGAUGUCUAACGUAGCCCCCCGGUUCCCAAAAGAGCUCAGCCUAGGUGGGAUGAACCACCACGGCUCCAUGCUGGGGGUUGGCCCCCCACGUCCCUUCAAUGGAAGCAAUGGCCAUGUGUACGAGAAACUCUCCAGCAUUGAGUCUGACGUGUGAGAGAAAAAGGUGGAGGAGCAGCGGACAAUGGCAAGGGAGAAGGAGGAGAGGAGUAGAGGCACGCAGUGUUAGGAGAUCAGGGAUGAUUUUAAAGACGCUGUCCACACACUGCAAACCUAGCCCAUACUGAGACAGAAAGAUGAGAGACAGAGGAGGAAAGACUGAAAGGUAGAGACUGUGAAAUAGAAAAAUAAGAUAAAGGGAAAAAUGGAAAAAUCUUGAUUUUUUUUUUUUCAAGAAAAUCUGGGUUAAAAAAAUCAGGACACCCUGAGGAGGUGUUGGAUGUUAACCCUCUCUCAGAAAUGGCCAAAGCUACUCUACUUUUAUGUCCAAACACAGUCAAUUAACAUUCCCCUCAACCUCACAAGCGCACUCGACUCAAGUCCAUCAUUUCAUCUACCAGUGAGGCAGAAGUCGAUGUACUUGGUUAUUAUCGCAAAGAGACGACACCUCAUCUUAGUUUGAUAUUGGACGUGUGAGCCUGGUGCGAUUUGAUGGCUGUCUGAGAGCUCCCGCUGAGUGCUUAUGAGGAAAGACUGCGAGAGCGGAGAGAGAAGCGAACUGCCCAUCUGCCCCUGUGUCACCACAGAAAGGAGACAUUGUCACGUUUACCAGAGCCGCGACACAGGAGAUGACUAGUGCUUCUCUCUCUUUCUCUCUCUCUCUCUCCCUCUCUCUCACUCUCUCUCUGGAAGGAGACAGCCCGGCCUGUCCAUCUCUCUCUCUCUCUCCGCCCUGCACUCGCCCCACUCCUCUGUUCUCCCUCUCUCCUCUUUUCCCUCAGCCCCCGCUCCUCCUCCUCCUCAUCCCUGACGCCAAAAGAGCCGAUCUUGUUUGCUAUGAGAAAUACAAUCAUGAAUGAUAAUAAGAUAUUCUUAUAGAAAAAAACAGGGUAUAAGAACAACAAUAAUAUUGAUAACAUUGUGAAUAACAAAGAUGUUAGUAUUGAUUAUGAUAACACAGCUUAUGAUAUCACUAAGUUUUUCUUGUUUUAUGUUCUGUUGGUAGAAUAUUUCACUACUGUUUUGGUAUCUGUAGUUGCAUCUUGUCUGCCCCUGGUGGCAGCAGGAAGGUUGUUCUUAGUUCAACCAACAAGCCAGAAAGACUGAGUCUUUAACUCCUGUUUUUCUGUUUUCUGUAGAAUAUUUUACUCCAUGCUCAUUCAUUUCUUUGCUCCUCGUGGAAAAACAGGAUCUUGAAGACACGUUUAGAGCUUACAGAUCCUUACUUGAUGUUCCAAGACAUUACAAAUCAAGUGCACACACACUUAACAGUUCUUGUCGGUCUGAACUUGUGUUACUGUGAACAACACGUUUCGUCAGGAGCCGAAGAUACUGAGAGGAAGGACGUGCCUUAAUGGUCUCCAGUGGAUGUGUCCUCCAGUUCCCACGCGGUCCUCGACGCAGCAGCGACUGGACGGACCGGCGUGCUUUUGAGGCUGCUGCGGCGUCGUCUUUCAUGAGCCCAAACUGCUUGUAAACAUUUACAGCAGGCUUGCUGCCACUGGUGGUUUAGCUACAAGACGCCGUUGGAGAUGUUUUAUAACUUCGUAAAAUAAUUUCAUAUGUCAAGUACGGGCAGCGCUUUAUGAGGCAGUUGUAUUCAGGAUGUCCCACUGUCACGGAUAGACCGAUGCGUCUCACUUCACAACACGGCAGCCUUUAGAACACUUCUUUUAUUCAGGUUACAUAACAACAGUCACCAGGCACUUACUUUUUUGGGCCUCUCACUAGUAUCUUGUAGAAGGCAUUACUUUUCACUCACGUAAGCAGUCUGAGAGGCGCACGGAGAGAGCUUUGUUCGGACAAUAUAUGCACUGUCGUUUAUGUAGGCGAAAUGCUACAAAAUGUGUAGGAGAAGUGUUGUUGCCCCCUGACAAUGAUGCUGAUAAAAGCUUGAGCUGAGGAGGAUGUCUAUUUGAGAGAGGCCUCUUCAACACUGACCGAGGCGUCGGGAAGGCGGCCAUCUUGUGAAAGCUUUCAGGCUUUUUACUUUGACUAAUGUAGAUAAUCUUUCUAGCUGGAGAGGCCUCAUUUAUUGCACAGGACCUUUUACUCAGUGUAGGUUCAGGCACUCAGUAGACAUGCCUUAUCAUCCCAUCACCCCCGCCCCCAAUCCCCGAGCUGUCUGAUGAUGACUCAUCAUAUUACUGUACAGAAUAAGGAAGCCGCUAUUAGUUAUUUAAAGGUUUGAUCUUCGAUUAGCUGGCGGUGUCAGAAGUUCAAGGGCUGCAGGAGAUUGCGCAGGAGUGCCGGCCUGAGAUUGGAGCUGCUGGAGUGUGUAAGAGUGCGAAUCUUUGUCAGUGCGUACUUCUAUCUUAUACCCUGAUCUAAAUGCACCAAUGUAAUAGGUUGGUGUGUGUGUGUGUGUGUGUGUGUGUGUGUGUGUGUGUGUGUGUGUGUGUGUGUGUGUGUGGAGGGAAGCAAAUCACGAUUGAAUGAUAACAGCUGUUUUUCUCCCCCCACUAACCUGCUGAUAACUAUUCAUAAAUUCAACAGCCUCUGUUAACACUGUCAAAGUGAGACUGAUCGAGUUCGCCUUAAAUCAAAAAUUCAUCCCCCGCUCCCCCCCCCUUCCCACCCCCACCCCAAAUAAAUGACUCUCCCAAUAAAAACAUUGGGAUCUCUGGAAUUUUUAUACGCACACAUUUUUGAAAGUUCAGGUCAACCAUUAUCAGCAAGAAGAAGGUAAAAGAAUGAGACAGGAGAACAAGGGAAAAUGGCGAGGAAAUAAGAAAGAGCAGAAGCAGGAUUGGGGCUGAGCAUCAAUCAGUGUCAGCAUUAGUAUGUUCAAUCUUUUCCUUGUAAAUAAUAUAUUUAAAACUCUUUUCACUUUGUACAGUAAACAGACAGACAGGAUGUAACUUUCAAUAUGUUUUACAGCAAUUUAAGAAAUAAACAAAACAAUAAUAAAAAUUCAUAAAAAACAAAAAAUACAUGAACAAAAAUAUGCAAAAUAUAGUUAAGACACAAAUAUUACUAAUCAUAAGUGAUAUAAUUGAACCUCUUUUUCUUUCAAUCUCAUGUUUACUUAAUUAUAAUAGUUUACCAAUCAGUAUACUGAUUAUGUUAAGAAUUAUGCUUUUUUCUUAUUUUCACUAAAGUGUUGGAAAUCGAGGAUAAUUUAUUGUAGGUGUAGACGUUUGGUGAUUAAAGGGGAAAGUUUAGUUUUAGGAGUCUUUGCUAAGUUUCCCUCGAAUUGUGUUAGAUUCUCUCUUUUUAAGGUAAGCUCUUCUUCAUGCUUUUUGAGAUAAAUUCAAUUAUCUACACAUUUAUGUAAUACAAUAUUACAUGUAUACAUAGAUGAUAUUUGCAUAUAGAGGCAGUAUAUUGUGAUCCUUCAUUUUUAAGCAGCAAUCCUUGUUAAAAUCUUACAAGACAUUUGUGUUUUUGUUGCCCGUUUUUUUGACCUGGGCUCUAAUGGUGAUUGCACACAGAAUUUAGAGCCAUCGUCGGCCCGGCCUAUCCUGUUCCCUCUCUAUGUUUGGGAUAGACAUCACUGUGGUAAAGGAAGAUAUAUAUAUAUAUAUAAAUAUAUAUACACACACACGCACACACAUAUAUGCACACACAUGUGUAAACACAUGUACACCCACAAAUGCUCACUGGAGAUUUGCCAGUGUUGAUGUUGUUAAUAUUGCUGAGGGUUUCAGCACAGGAACGAGUGUAGUUUCAUCUUAUUGAGAAUCCAUUUGAAGCUGAAAUGCAUUUGUGCAACCCCUUAUUAAAAGGUGAAACAUUUGCUCUGUCAUGUUUCAUUUCGUUUUGCUUCAGGGGAACCAACUGUUGUUGCUAGAUUUUAGCUCACAUAUUACUAAACUGUGUUAUUUGACAGCUGAAAACACUUAAAUGCUUUGGAUUCUAAUUUAUUUUGUGCAACUUAGUGCACUGCUUGUUUCUUCGUACGAGACGAGAAAUAUAAUUUGUAAUUUGUUGUGUACAUAUGCAAUUUUGUCCCCAUGCAGUCAGAAAUUAUUUCCCUUGCUCUUCUUCUGUGUGUUACUGAUUCCAAUAAGUCUCUAUAAUCUUCUCUCCAGCCCUGAGAGAAGAAAUUCAUCUCUCUUCUGUUUUUCUUCUCAACCGCUUUCAUGUCCACAGGGUUGAUUGAAAAGUGAAAAAUGUAUCCGUGUGCACAUAAACUCUGUUAGGUUUGCAUAUUUUUCACACAAGCCACCACGUUUAUUCUCCUCAUUUGCAAUAAACAGCAUGACCAAACAGAAAAUGCUCUUACUGUACACUGUACGUGCCAAUACAUCACUUCCUGUUGUGUUUUCAUGCAUUGGGAAGGCUAGCUAGUUCCAGUUUAGAGCUACUGAGCACCUGACACUGUCGGUAAACAUGCUAUCAUCAGGCCUUUACCACCUCCAGCUGCUCUGCUCUGCAGCCGGCGUGCGCAGGUCAGUCAGCGAUGCUGACUAAGCAAGGCUCGUCAGAAGUCUUUAUUUCCCUCAAGGCCAAAUUGGUCCCAGCCUCCCUUCUCUGCACACAAGCAUGCCACAACACAUCUAUUCAAACGGUUCAUGUAGAGCAAAUCACUGUGCCACUUUUUUUUUCUUUUUUCUUUUUUAAACAACACAAGUGUGUGGCAAGUGGCCGUGGCAAGUUAGUGGGCUGGAACAUCUUGAAGGUGGAGGAUUAAAUAUCACCUCAGCUGACAUGUGCUUUUCUGUCAGGAGCUAUUGACAAUAUGGGACCAAAUAACAGCAGGACAUGGUCAGCUGCAGGGAUCAAUUAAUGUACUGGUUAAACUGACUAGUGAAAAUGUAUUUUUGUGCUUUGGAGGAAAGGUAUUUGACAUGUUUGUUUCACAACAGCAUUUCUAACAUUCAUGGUGACUUGAGAUGUAAUGUUAAUUCUUAUCAGUCACUUGUGUGAUUUAAUCUCAUGCAGACAGGAAGAAUUAUACUGUGAAUUUGAUUGAUUUAUUGUGAAGGUCCAUGUAAUUUAGCAGCUUAUUCACCCUAAUUCAUUACAGAACUUGAACUAAUAUUUAAAAAUUCUUUCUCUGUGUAUGCGUAUUAACAUGUAUUGAUAUUGCUUUACAUUGAUGCAUACAAUUUUUUUUAUUAAAUUGUGUACAGUUUUGUUUGUUUGUUAAUAUUGCUGUUUUCCAUCUUUAUCAUUCAUAACUGGAGUGGAUUGCUUUAGCUGGAUGAAUUAAUGAUAACGUGACAUAAGGGGUUGCUCCUAAAUGUAUUUCACAGGGUGAACAGGUUUAUGAAAACACAUCUUCACUGAAACUACAUAACCUGAUUAAAUUUACUGUGGGUUGACAAAAAAUGUAACAUAUGAAUAGUAUCAAUUGUAUACAUAAUGAUAUACAUAAUAUUAUUCUUGGCCAUUCUUUUCUCUUUUUGUGGCCCUUUUCUUUGAAAUAAUACCAAAAUUUUUACACCAUACAAACAGAAAACCACACAAAAACAAAUAAUUGUACAGGUUGUGUAAAUACUGAAUAUUGGGGAAAACAUUUACCUUCUUUUUUUGUAUGGAAACGAUCAAAGUAAUCUCAAUAACAAAAUUAACCAUGUCAUGACAAAAUUGCAAAAAAACAUCAUUAAGGUACUUCUAAUAAGGAUAAUACUGAUAUCUACAAUUAUAAGUGCUCAAAUAAGACUAUUCUUUCUCUUUGUACAUGAUGAACAAAAUGAAGUGUUGAGUAUUAAUAAUAAAAAACUAUAAGUUUCA